AUGCCUAAACCAAGUAUAUUUUCGGACCCAAAGAAAAGAAAAGAAAGAGAGAAACAAGUAAAAAAGAAAGCAGCAUCAAAGAGUAAAGGAAAUGAAGAAGAGGUAGCAGGACCAACAGACGCUGAAAAGGCACCAGUUACCAAAUCGAUGGUUUUCAAGAGAGGUAAAGUAUCAAAGUCUAUCAAACAAUUGAUCGUCGACUUUAGAAAAGUAAUGGAACCAAAUACUGCCACUCGUUUGGAAGAAUCAAACACCAAUACCAUCAAGGAUUACUUGCACGUUGCAAGUAUGUAUCAUGUCAGUCAUUUCGUUUCAUUCACCAACACUGAUAUCUCACCAUACAUGGCUGUGGCCAAGUUACCUCGUGGUCCAACGCUCACAUUCAAGAUCAACGAAUUCUCAACCAUCAAUGAUGUUGGUAGAUCAAAGCUCAAACCAUCCAUCCCAACCAUCCAAGACUUUAUCGUUCCACCUCUUGUCGUUUUAAAUGGUUUCUCAAAAGGUACUCCUCAAAUGGAAAUCAUGUCUACCAUCCUUCAAAAUAUGUUCCCUUCUAUUAAUAUUGAUACUAUUCAAUUGGGUAAAUGUAAAAGAGUUAUUUUAUUCAAUUAUAACAAAACAUCUAAUCUUGUUGAAUUUAGACAUUAUAAGAUCAAGUUGGGAGAAGUUGGAAUUAGUAAAAGUAUAAAAAGAGUAUUACAAGCAAAGACGGGAGAUCUUGGAGACUUGGAUGAUAUUAGUGAAUACAUUUUAUCACAAACUGGGGUGACAGAGAGUGAUUAUGAAGAUGCACAAGAUGGAAAGAUUGAUAUCGACCACAACGUGUUGAGAAAGGGUACCAAGAGCAACACAAAAUCAAUUAGAUUGACAGAGUUGGGUCCACGUCUCACUUUGGAUCUUAUCAAGGUCGAAGAUAAUCUCUACUCUGGUGAAGUAUUAUUCCACAAGUACUACACCAAGACCGAGGAGCAAUUGCACGAACAAAAAAUACGUCUCGACGAAAGCAAACUCGAAAAGAGCAGAAGAAAGGAAAGACAAGAAGAGAAUCUCAAGGCAAAGGAAGAAGAGGAAAAGAGAAAGCAAAAGAAAAAGGCCGACAAGGAUCAAAGAAGAAAGGAUAGAAAAGAAGGAAAGGAAGUAAAGACUGAUCUCAAGAGAAAGGGUAGAGAUGGCGAUGACGACGAAAAGAUGAAUAACAAAAAGAAGAAUAAGGAAAUGUUAAAGUCUACAAUGAAUGAAGAUCGUUCCGAUGAUGACGAUGAAGAUUGGUAUAGAAAGGAAGUUGGUGAAGAUCCUGAUGAAGGUUUUAAAGCUCAGAAAAAAUCAAAGUAUGAUCAUAAAAAAAAUAAACAUUAA